AUGGGUGAACAUGGAAGCCACGACAUGAAUUCAGUGACCUAUGAGGAUGUGCACAUUGACUUCACACAGGAUGAGUGGGUUUUGCUGAAUCCUUCCCAGAAGAGUCUAUACAAAGAUGUGAUGCUGGAGACAUACAGGCACCUCACUGCUAUUGGUAUGAAAAUAACCAUAAUGGAGAGAAACCCUCUGAAUAUACUCAAUGUGAUAAAGCCUUUGCAUGUUUCAGUCAUCUUCAAUGGCGUGAAAAAAUUCAUUCUGCAGAGAAGCCAUAUGAUGUUAUUCAAUAUGAUGAAGCCUUUGCAGCUUUUUCAAAACACUCCAAACUCCAAAUACAUGAAAGAACACAUACUAAAGAGAAACCCUAUGAAUGUAAUGAAUGUGGUAAAGUCUUUGCAAAUCAAUAUCAUCUCCGAAGACAUGAAAGAACACAUACUGGAGAGAAACCCUAUGGAUGUAAUGAAUGUAGCAAAGUCUUUGCACAUCAAUGUAGUCUCAAAAUCC